AUGCCUGAAUAUUAUCCUGUCUACCUCAACCUGGCUGGCAAAAGCUGCGUCAUCGUGGGUGGCGGCACCGUUGCCCAGGGCAAGAUCGCCGCGCUGCGCGACGCCGGCGCCGACAUCAAGAUAAUCAGUCCGCAGGUUACCGACGGGAUCAAGCGGGCUGUUCAACACGGCGAUGUGGUCUGGAUUCAACGGGAAUACAAACCCGGUGACUUGGGCGGCGCGUUUAUCGCGGUGGCGGCCACCAACGUCUGGCACGUUAAUCGCCAGAUACACGAGGAAGCCGAGAAUCGGGGCGUGUUGCUCAACGUCGUUGACGAUCCGGACCAGUGUACGUUUAUCGCCCCCUCCAUCGUCCGCCGAGAUCCCAUCACAUUGGCGAUUUCAACCGGCGGAGCCAGCCCGGCGUUGGCUCGCAAAAUGCGGGAGGUCCUGUCCGAGGCGCGAAUUUUGCAAUGGGCCGAACUAGCCGGUGUCCUGUCCCAGGCCCGCCGGGUCAUCAAGGAAAAACGUACCGCCAUCGACCCCACCCGCUGGCAAUGUGUGAUCACCGAAGAAUUGCUGCAACUCACCCACAACGGUAACGAUGAUGAAACAGUCGGGAUUAUCCUGAGUCAACUCGAGGAUCCCGGUAUUCCCGAAAUGUGCCCGGAUCUGGCUCAUUGCAGACCCGGUGGGUGUGCCAAACGGGCUGCCAUGCGCGCCGCGGAGGCAGUGAGUUGA